GGGGAAUAGAGCCUCCUAAACGUCAUCUCCUUGAAGCAGCUCGAUUACACCGUCUAAGCACCAUGCCGAAGCCUUUCAGCAACAUUCGGUCUGCCGCCAUUGACGGCCGGGCACUGAAUCCCAUCUUUCGGAAAACGCAGCUGAAGCAACUGCACGACGUACUUCUGGAGAAGGCAUCUGACAUUCAGGAUGCUAUUACAGCCGACACGGGCUAUGCCUUAGCCGAGGUGCAGAUCGAGUACUGCCUCGCCAUGCGGCUGCUAGCUGAAGCUUACACGGCCAUCGACACCGGCCAAUCCCUUCGGGAUGAGUACGCAGUAUCAAGAGGCCAGAAUAUGCCCCAGGCAAAAGAAGCCGUUGGCAUUGUGGUCAUCCAUCCCGCCAAACAUGCUUUCUUCUCCUGCCUCAUGUCUGCGUUGGUCCCUGCGCUGGCAGCUGGGAACUGCGUGAUCGUCCACGGGGAGCAAUCCCUCUUGCGGACACCACGGCUGGUGCUGGAUCUCAUCACCAAAGCCCUGGACGACGACGUAUUUGGGACAACCACUAGCCCUAUCGGCGAAUCCGACCUGGACCACCCUCACAUUCGCGUCCUGCAGAACGGCAGCGAGAGCGCCCACCUUUCCCACCACCUCGUCUCGGAGCCCGAAGCACGGGUGGUAGCAGUUGUGGAGCGCGAUGCCGACUUGGAUGUUGCGGCACGUGAGCUGGUUCGGUCGCGGUUCGCGCUGCGCGGGAGGUCGCCAUAUGCGCCCGAUUUGGUGCUGGUGAACGAAUGGGUGAAGAAGGAGUUUCUUGAAGCUGUCGUGCGACAUACCAUUCGGUUCGUUUCUGAUGGCGGCAAGAAGAGUCCUCCGAGGACCGCUUCCGGACAGAGCCUAUCCGAGUUGGUAAGGACGGAAAAGGCGGUGAAUGUUUUGUCGUGGAGUUCCGCUGGGGCGGUUGUGGAGGUUCAGGAUAGGAAAUCCCCGCUCCUGCGCCGUAAGGUCCAAGAAGGCUGCCUGCUCGUCCAUGCGGUGACAAGCAUAGACGACGCCAUUGACUUCUCCAAGAGCAACGGCCGCCUCGGGGCAGCCUACGUCUUUACCAAACCUUCAGCAGCAAAGUACAUCUGCCAGUUCCUCGACUCACCGAUGUCAUUCGUCAACCACGUUCCCACUACGCUCCUUUUCCUUCCCAUGGCACCAUCCAACAUUUCAGUCGAUCCCCAAACGCAUUUUCCCUACGACAAGGCGCUCUUUUGCCGACCCAAAGCCUGCGUCAUUACUCCCAUGGCCGAGGAGGGCGUAUUAGCGCAGCUCCUCGAGCAAGCUUCGCCGCAGCAACUCAGCGCGUUGGCCCACCGGACACUCGCAAAACUGCCCCCAGUCAAGAGGGCCAGCCAGGGGAUCACUCAUAUCGGGUUCUUCCAAACUGGGAUACUUACGGGAGGGGUUUUACUGUUGUCCACGGUGCUUGGUGUCACUGGCGUGUGUUCAUAUUAUGCUUUCGGGUUGGUUCGGAGCCGUGUAUUCCAAGGUUGAGGUUAGUUACAGGUAAUAAAUAGCGGGUUAUCAUAGUGCGGUCGUGAUAGCGUACAUAUAUGUCGGGUUGUAUUCCACGUGCCCUACCGGGUUACGAGCAGGUUAUUGUCCCUACUCCCUAGUGCUAAUCUUUUAAACGCAGAGAUUAGAAGAUGUCACAAAGUCUCAUAAACACUGUGGCCUCAAUACAGUGUAUUUCAUCUACCUGGUGUAUCGCCAUUGUAGCAGUAAAUCUUUCCAUAUUUAACAUACAACUCCGAAACCAUUG